UGAGAAAAAGGCGUUCCUCUCUCAUUCCUUGACGUUCCCCCCACCUGAGAAAGAUCUCACUUCAUGAGUAACAACGCAAGCCAACGGGCUGUUCUUCUCAAAGCCCGCUCUUACAUCUCAGCCAGCGCCACCGAAGCAGAGCUUCCAGCUGAUGCGUCUUGGAGUUUCAGCUUCUCUACGUCUGGCCACUGGACUGAUGUCUCUUCACACCUACGCUUCGACAAAUCUGUUUUCGGGAGUUUCAUGAAACCGCGUUGAGGAAUGUCUCCUGUAUAUUCCUGUGACAAAAGAAGACCCAAACGCCCACGACUUAGUCCGGAAAAAAGCGGGGUCCCUAUCUGGAUUAUGUGUUUGACUAAUGUAAACAUAUGGAAGAAAUAGAAAAGUGAGCACAUGGGGAAACCACCAGGAAUGAAUCGCUCCCUUAUUAAGGUUUUAGCAGCUUUAUUCAUAUAUGUGAUGGAGACAAACAACUUCAGAGUUGUGGACGCCAAGGAGCACGAUUCCAGAUCAUCCUCCAACCUGUCUCCAUCAGACUUUCUGGACUCACUCAUGGGUCGCACGUCUGGGUAUGAUGCGCGAAUAAGACCGAAUUUUAAAGGUCCACCAGUUAAUGUUACCUGCAACAUAUUUAUCAACAGCUUUGGUUCUAUAGCAGAAACUACAAUGGAUUACAGAGUGAACAUCUUCCUGCGGCAGAAGUGGAAUGACCCUCGGCUGGCGUACAGUAAAUACCCAGAUUCCUCCCUUGACCUGGACCCAUCUAUGCUGGACUCCAUAUGGAAGCCUGACCUCUUCUUCGCCAACGAGAAAGGAGCCAACUUCCAUGAUGUCACCACAGACAACAAGCUGCUGAGGAUCUUCAAGGAUGGGACUGUCCUCUACAGCAUCAGGUUGACUCUCAUUCUAUCGUGCCCGAUGGAUCUGAAGAACUUUCCAAUGGACGUCCAAACUUGUACGAUGCAACUGGAAAGUUUUGGAUACACCAUGAAUGACUUGGUGUUUGAGUGGCUGGAGAACGGUGCAGUACAGGUGUCGGAGGGACUCACCCUGCCUCAGUUUAUCAUGAGGGAUGAGAAGGAGUUGGGCUACUGUACCAAACACUACAACACCGGGAAGUUUACCUGUAUUGAAGUUAAAUUCCACCUGGAGCGCCAAAUGGGCUACUACCUGAUCCAGAUGUACAUUCCUUCUCUCCUCAUUGUCAUCCUCUCAUGGGUGUCUUUUUGGAUUAAUAUGGAUGCUGCUCCAGCCAGAGUGGCGCUGGGAAUCACCACUGUGCUUACCAUGACCACCCAAAGCUCUGGGUCCAGGGCUUCUCUUCCAAAGGUCUCCUAUGUGAAAGCCAUUGAUAUCUGGAUGGCUGUGUGUCUGCUCUUUGUAUUUGCUGCAUUGCUCGAAUAUGCUGGGGUUAAUUUUGUCUCCAGGCAACAGAAAGAGUUCCUUCGCCUGAGGCGAAGACAAAGAAGGAAUCACAAGGAUGACGAUCUGCGUGAAGGCCGCUUUAAUUUUGCUGGCUACAACAUGAGCCAAUGUCUGCCAACAAAGGAUGGCUCAGCUGUUAAAAAUGCUGUUCCAGCUCCCAACCCUCAACAAUCAGCCUCAAAGGACAUAGACACCAUGAGGAAAAAGUUUGUGGACAGAGCCAAGAGGAUCGACACGAUCUCACGGGCCGCUUUUCCUCUGGCUUUCCUCAUCUUCAAUGUCUUCUACUGGGUUACCUACAAGAUCAUCCGGCAUGAGGACAUCCAUAAAAAGUAAAGACUUUGCCGUCGGCUGAGAACAUAUAUUUUACAUUUCUCAGAUUGAGAAAUGCUUAGAAAGCACAGGGAGAUGAGAGGGUAAACUGUGCAUUGAGAGGCACCAUUGUGGUAAUGGUGGUGUUCUUUCAGGGAUAACGUACAAUAUUUAUGAAUCGUACAGUAAUGUUCAUGAUUUGAUAAUGUGAACAGUUGUUCAGACACAGAUGCUUUAUUUGUUCUUGUACUGCUGCAAAAUAUUUUCUGAAGAUUAUAGAGAAAAGGUCUUAGCUCAAGACUCACUAACAUGCUGGAGAAGAUGGACCAAA